ACUAUAAAUUUAUAGGUUCUAAAGAUUAAGUUCUUGUGUGCUAGAAUGACUACUCCAGGUACACAACUUGAUAGCGACAGAACAUUAUUACAAUUCAAAAACUAUGAAGAAUAUUUAAAUUCUUUGGUAACUCCUGUGGAUUUCUGUUAUUUAAGAAAUACAAAAGUUGCAAGUCAAUUAGCAGAACUUGGUUAUAGAUGUACAGGAGAAACUUUAGAUAAAGAUACUUUCUAUCAACGUCUACAAAUUGUCAAAGAUUUGUUGUAUCCAAUUCCCAAAGCAUAUCAUCUAACUUCUGAAUUUUUAAUUCCUUUUGACCCGCUUAUGCAAGAACUAGCAAUCCGCGAACGAUCUAAUAGACUACAUGUAUUAUCAACCGUUAUAUUUGUACGACAUAAUCCGCGACUUCAAGUCGAAGUGUCAGGCUAUAUAGACUACAACGAAAGACUUAAGACGGAAGAUUGGCAACCAUAUUUCGAAGGAAAAAGAAAGCUUUGGCCUAAAAUUACAGAUUUAACAUACUAUCAUUGGAAAGUAGGAAAAAUGCAAGUAAAUGUUUCAUCAAAUUAUGAACCAGUAAUAGAUUCAAAACAUGGCCUUUUACUUAAGAAUAUUCAUGAUAGAAAGUAUAUUAAUGUUGAUCCAAAGGCAAUUACACCAGGUGUAGACACUACAAGAGUACGCAUAUAUAGUGAUGCAUAUAAACAUGUUAUCUUAUACGAUCAUGUAAUUAGAAGAGUUGUUGUUGAAUGAAAAAUAUUUGUUUUAUAAUAAUGAUUUCGUAUGAAAAACGAUUAAGAAAAAUGCAUAAUCUUUUAUUAUUUAAAAAUAAAAUAUAUUGUAAUCAAAAUCAUGCAAAUAUAUAAUCAUAAAUAUUUACUUACGUAUCG